AAAAGUAAAACCAUGUGGGCCAUCUUUUUCACUUAAUAAUUCCUCCCACAUUUUGCAAUAACACUCUCACACGUAUAUAUGAUAUGCUCUCCAACCACACUUGCCACCAAAAUUAUCAUCCAUCAAGUUUAUUCAAUUAUUAAUCAACACUUGCACACUAACUACACACUAUGGCUUCUUCCUCCCUCUCUUGUUUCCCCUCUUCCAAUCUCCAAUUCUCUUCCAAAACAAAACCGGCUCCACUCUUGCGGCCGCAGCGGCUGACCAUCACCGCCACCAUAUCGGAAAAGCCACCAGUCUCCCCGCCCGAAAAACCCUCCAAACUCCCGAUCAGAAAGAUCCCCGGCGACUACGGGAUCCCCCUGAUCGGGCCGUGGAGGGACCGGCAGGACUACUUCUACAACCAAGGCAGAGACGAAUUCUUCAAAUCAAGAAUCCAAAAACACCAAUCCACCGUCUUCCGCACCAACAUGCCCCCGGGCCCCUUCAUCUCCUUCAACCCCAACGUCGUCGCCCUCCUCGACGCCAAGAGCUUCCCCGCUUUAUUCGACACCGACAAAGUCGAAAAACGGGACCUCUUCACCGGCACCUUCAUGCCCUCCACCGACCUCACCGGCGGCUACCGCACCCUCUCCUACCUCGACCCCUCCGAGCCCAGCCACGCCAAGCUCAAGAACCUCAUGUUCUUCAUGCUCUCCCACCGCCGCGACCACGUCCUCCCGGAGUUCCACGCCACCUUCACCGAGAUGUUCGACGCCCUGGAGGCCGAGAUCGCCGCGAAAGGGAAAGCCGGGCUGAACGCACUAAACGACGCCGCUUCUUUCAAUUUCCUAGCCCGCUCAUUCUACGGGGUCAACCCGAAUGACACCAAGCUGGGACCCGAUGGCCCAAGUAUUAUCAGCAAGUGGGUGCUUUUUCAGCUCCAUCCCCUGCUGAGUCUCGGCCUCCCUCGUCUAAUUGAAGAUGGCUUCCUCCACACUUUUCGCCUCCCUCCAUUCCUUAUAAAAAAGGACUACAACCGUCUGUACGAGUUCUUUUAUGAGAACUCGGCCGCGAUCCUGGAUCACGCCGAGGCUGGCCUCGGCGUGGCCCGGGACGAGGCCUGCCACAACCUCCUUUUCGCCACGUGCUUCAACACGUUCGGCGGGAUGAAGAUCUUCUACCCCAACAUGCUCAAGUGGGUCGGCCGCGCCGGGGCUAAGCUCCACCUCGACCUCGCCCGGGAGAUCCGGUCGGCUGGUGGCGCCGGCAUGGCGGCGAUGGAGAGAAUGCCUUUAAUGAAGUCGGUGGUGUACGAGGCCCUGCGGAUCGAGCCGCCGGUGCCGGCGCAGUACGCCAAGGCGAAGAAAGACUUCGUCGUCGAAUCGCACGACGCAGCGUUUCCGAUCAAGGAGGGGGAGAUGCUCUACGGGUACCAGCCGCUGGCGACGAAGGAUCCGCGGGUAUUCGACCGGGCGGAGGAGUUCGUCCCGGACCGAUUCGUCGGGGAGGAAGGGGAGAAGCUGCUGAAGCAUGUCCUCUGGUCUAAUGGGCCGGAAACUGAGAGCCCGAGUGUUGAUAAUAAGCAGUGUGCUGGGAAGGAUUUUGUGGUGCUGGUGUCGAGGUUGUUGCUGGUGGAGUUUUUCCUCCGGUAUGAUUCGUUUGAUAUCGAGGUCGCGGCGUCGCCGUUGGGCGCCGCCGUGACUGUAACGUCGCUGAAGAGGGCAACUUUUUAGAUUGAUUAUUUAUUUAUUUGGAGGUAAUAAGGAUUUUUUUUAUGGAAGACUUUUCUUUUUCAACGGUGGUGGCUUGAUUUUGAUUAAUGAGAGUAAGUGGGUGUACUGUUGCUGUUAGAUCCACUAAGCUAUUGUAUAGUCUUCUUUUUGUUGUAUCUAUAUGUUGGCCUUUGCUAGUUGGAAUAUUUCCUAUAGCAAUUUUUAUUUGAUAAAAAAAUAGUCUCAAUCCAAAAAUAAAAAAAAUUGCCUGAA